AUGUUGGAUGUCGACUACGAAGAUCCCAUUGAUCUGUCUUUAUUUCAUGCUAUUCGUUCUCUUCGAUUGUCCAGAGAACCAGAUUGUGGUUUAUCCCAUUCGAUUUUGGAACUUUCUAAUCUUGAACGUCUGUACGUUACCAAUGAUUCUUCAAUGAUUUUUGAAGCCCAGAAUUCAUUGUCUAUCUUUGUUUUCGGCAAUUAUUUUCCUCAUCUUCGCAGAUGUCAACUUUCUCAAGUUAAAUUGAAUAAGGAUUAUAAAUGGAGUAUUGUUCCGUCUCUUCGCUCACUAUGUAUGUCUAUGGAUGAUAUACUCAUCUACACCCAAAUACUUCAAUCGUGCCCAUCUCUUGAUCAAUUGUGCAUCGAAUUUACUAAUCACAAGUGCAUGGUUAGUUCAUUUGAUUGUGCGCCUCAUCAAUGUCUUCGUCGAUUGGAUUUAUACUUUCAAUAUCUUCGUUUAUUAAACUCUCAAACGAUCGAUUUAUUACUAUCUGUUGUACCCAAUCUUACUUAUUUUUCGAUUAACAGAAUUCGUAACAAUCGGAACCCAGUGAUAGAUGAUUCACUCCUUCCCAUUUUAUAUGAACGUCUGCCUAAACUUCGCCAUUUUCCCAUUAACAGUAUGCAUUAUACGCCUAGGCCGAUACUAUCCGGCUCUGAUUCUGAUGAUGAUGAUGAUUCUGAUGAUGAUGAUGAUGAUGACGACGAUGAUUCUGAUUCUGAUGAUGAUGAUGAUAAUGAUUCUGAUGAUGAUGAUUCUGACUCUGAUGAUGAUUCUGAUGAUGAUGAUUCUGAUGAUGAUGAUGAUGAUGAUGAUGAUGAUGACUCUGACUCUGCUGAUGAUCUCUAA